UUUCCUUGUCUACAUGUAUUCAUUUUCAUAACUACUUCUAUCAUCUCUUCCUCCAUUUUAUCACUAUUUCAUUCCUUUUUGUUUCUUCUUUAAUAUCACAUAUCUAUGUCUCUACCUGUUAUUGAUAGUGAAAUCAGUCAACACCACAAUAAAGAUAAUAACAACAGCUUAGAUCAAGGUAUCUCACCUCCACCUUCACCUCCACCUAUUCAUUCAUUAUAUACAGAAGGUCAUGUUUAUCCAUCGCUAUCAGGUUCCAUCUUAUCUACACGCAACAAUAAAACCUCCAGUAUCAACCAAACCAAGCUAGACCGAAAUCAAUUUCUUUUACAACCCAAACAAUCCAUGCCAACAAAAAAGGAUGAUCCAAGCCAUCAAGAACCAAUAACAAGACGACAAAAAUUCUAUGGAUACAUGCGACAAUUGAUGAUCUAUUUACUGAAGCAAUUGAUGAAGAAGAACAAUCUUGCCUUGGUGAUCAAUGGGAUUCAUCAAGUGUGGCGUGCACGGUUCUUCAUGGUACAUACUGUUCGAACGACUUAUCAUGUAUUGACCUCUUAUCCUUACCAUCAAGCCUAUCGAGAAGCUUGGAUGAUAUGGGCGCAAAUUGUCAACUUGGUUUUCUUCAUUGCAAAAAAGGAACAACUCUCGGUCCACACCUUAGCUUCCUUUAGAAAUUUGGAGGAUGAUAUCAAGUCACUUUCUUGGAUAAAUAUCAUGAUGGUGGCGCGUAUGUAUUUGUCUCAUCUUCAGGGCUUACUUCGAUUGGGAAUACGAACUGGUGUACGUGCUUUGAGACAUAUAAGUGCUUGGGAAUCCGUUGUAUUAGCUAUCACCUCUGUUGCUUUGACUCGAUCGUUACAAAAUCCAAGUCAUUGGAUGUAGAUAGGUAAGGUUAUCUGACUUUAUCAUUUUAUUGUUCCCUUUCUGAUGAUUAAUAUUUAUCUAUCUUGGGCAGGUUUACUAUCCAAUCUCUUAUUAUUCUUAUUGUUACUUUCCUUAUUCAUCCUCUUUUAUUUUAUCACUCCCUUACUUCUUGUUCCAUCUUUUAUCCUUAUGUUUACCCUCCCUUUUUUUUUUUUUUAUCAUACCAAAAAUUAGUAGAUCUUGAAAUAUAGUUUUUG